AUGACGGAACCCUUUUACUUGAGUGCUCAGUGGACAAAUGAUUUUGUUGUGUUUUCUGAACGCAAGACGUGGCUGGACGCGAGAGAUGUCUGCAAGUCAAUAGAUAGCGUACCUCAGUACAACAAAUGGAACCUUCUGAACUGGUAUAUAAAGACAAAGGCCAUUAGGAAUGGAUGGUCAGGUACUGAUGAUGUGUGGUUAGGAAUGAUAAAACAUCAGAACAGCGACGUAUGGAAUGAAGAAAGAAAAUAUAUCUGCCAAGAAGUCACAAUGAAAAUUUCCGGACAAAAUCAGCUUGAAAGACAGUGCGCUGUUUUGAACAUGUCGUCUGUUUCCCCAAAUGAUAAUCUUAUGAUAUAUGCCUCAUCUUGUGAUAAAAGUAUCUUUGGUUUUGUAUGUCUUGUGGCACAGGGAGAACUUCCAAAAGGCGUGGAGUAUUACCCCUUCUCAGAGGUAGAGGAGAAAGGCGAUAGAAGACUUAAGUUGAAUACCUCGUCAGAUACAGAAUGUGCAAUCAGUUCUUUUUCCAUUAUCUACUGUUUUGCUGCCACGUAUUUUCCGGAGGAUAAAUACUGUGUGGCUGAAUGCACACCGAUGGUCAAUAUUCCAGAGACAGUAACCCUUGUCAAUUCUUCGACCAACUCCACGGUUCUUCUCCGUACUUUCAAUAAAGUUCUGAUAAAUUAUACCGAGUCGACAUUACCGCCCAGCACGGACCAGUUUCCAUGUCCUUUAGAAUCAACUGCAGAAACGUCUACAGUGGAAAUACCCACGGGCGGUUCGACGACAUCUUUGCAAAAACUAGACAGUACCUCAUCAUUGCCAGAACUUCCAGAUGACACGACAACCUCCAUGGGUCAGACGACAACUUCUGAUGACGGUACGAAAACAGUUACACAAAUACAAGAUGAAACAACAUUUACAGAUCUCUCCAAGGGCACAAUUACACAAAUGUCACAUUGUUCAACAAUGGAAGUUUAUUCUGGAUGUCUUUGUACAAGUCAAACGGGUAAUAUUGAAACAAAUGAGCUAAAUCAGAAGGUCCUUGAGAUUAAGAAAAUACUUACUGUUAACAUAUCGUCCCUGUCAUCGACAAUGAGAAAGAAGAUAUCGGCACCAGACGACAGACAAUCCUCGCUAGCCAUGGGAACUCUGGGUAUUUGUGUGAUUGUUGGUGUUAUCUUGGCCUUGGUCGUCGGUGAUAUGGUUUAUAUUGUCUCAUGUGUAAAAUAUUUGUUCUGCUGCAAACGAAAGCAUAUUCAUGUUCAGCAUUUAUAA